UUGACGAGGGCGUCUUGUUCCCCAUCGCUCUGUCGCCAGGCCCCCGAUCCCAUCCGCGUUCGGGUCCCUGGCACUCGUCGUUCGGGUCUUACCAAGCUCGGUUCCGCCCGCCGAUAUCGACAAAGCUCUGGGAAUUCCCCACGUCUGCCAGCAAUCAUGGCUUCCAAUCCCCGCAGGACUCCGGUGACUCGCUCGGUCUCGAGGGGCCUGACAGUUAAGACCAACGUGGUUCUCCAGAGGGGUGCCACUUUCCACACUCCUACAACCCCUCCAGAGUCGCCCGAGACCACCUUCAGGCCACCGCCGCUGCCACGCCGGUCGCAGACCAACCUGGACGAUGUCAUCGACGCCCAUCGCCGUCGCGUUGCCCUGACCCUGGGUGACAUUGACAAGACCCUCGCUGGUCUCUCCAAGGACGACUCGGUCUCGUCGGCGCGCAAGGCCCUGCGCGACGAGACUCUUCCCCUCCCGCGAGGAGUACUUGACCACACCCUCGAUUCGGCAAUGGGCAAGGAGCAGCCGGCCGAGCGCCGGAUCCUCCGCCCCCGCACCCGUCGCCCUUCCCGCUUCCACGAAUCGGAUAGCGGUCUGGGGACUUCGAUUGCAUCGACCAGGGAGAAGGAGGCUACCGUCAAGGAGGAGGUCAAAACGUCCGCGGUUACCAGAUCUGCCGCCGCUCGCGCCACCGGCUCAGAGACCUUCCCCGGCCUCAGCCCUCGCGCCACCAGCCGCAUCUGCGAGCACACUCUUAUGCCCCUCCUGGGCAAUGCCUCCUUCAAGGAUUUCCAUCCGCUCUUGCUUGAAUGCCCAAGGAAGAUUCAGGACAAGCAGAUCGUCUGCCUCCGAGAUCUCGAGAAGACCUUGCUCUUGGUUGCUCCUGUAAGUGAGCUCAUGGCUGACUGUAGUGUGAGGGGUGAUACUUAUCGCGCCCUGUUCUUGAAGGAGAGGACCAAGGUCGCCGAGCUCUAUCUCGACUUCUGCCUCACGACGAUCCGAUGCAUCCAGGCGACUGUUGAAUACUUGAGCGAGCGUGAACAGACACGCCCCCGCGACGUUCCGUACAGCAGCGGCUAUUUCAUCGACCUUGUCGACCAAAUACGGCAAUACGCUCAGCAGCUUGCUGAGGCAAAGGAGAAGGGAAAGCAGGACGAGAUGGACGUUGAUCCCACCGAUGAAAUCAAGCUCCAUGGAGGCAUCAACAUCAACGGUCGCCCAGCCGAGCUCGUUCGCGUCAAGAAGAACGGGAAGAUGAUCUCGAUGGCUACUGGUGAGCUCGUCGAGAAGCUCGAGGAAACGGCUGACGGGCCGGUGAGGUUCAAGCGCUCGGCCAGCCAGGAGCUCGAGGAUGAAGAAAACAUCAUGCGGUCCAUGGCUAGGCGGAAGAAGAAUGCCAGCCCGGAGGAACUCGCUCCCAAGAAGUGCCGCGAGCCGGGCUGCAACAAGGAGUUCAAGCGUCCGUGCGAUUUGACCAAGCACGAGAAGACGCACACACGGCCUUGGAAGUGCCCAGUCCCCACUUGCAAGUACCACGAAUACGGGUGGCCGACCGAAAAGGAGAUGGACCGCCACCACAACGACAAGCACGCGUCCGCCCCGCCGAUGUUUGAGUGCCUGUACAAGCCUUGCCCGUAUAAGUCCAAGCGGGAGUCCAACUGCAAGCAACACAUGGAAAAGGCUCACGGCUGGACCUACGUGCGCACCAAGACGAACGGCAAGAAGUCGAGCUCCAGCGUCGCUGCCAACUCGACCCACGCCACUCCGCAGCUCCAGAACCUUCCCACUCCCUCGAGCGAGCACAGCAUGGGCGUGGCGACUCCUGCCGAUGACUGCAGCGGGGUCUAUGGAAACAAUCUCGACUUCCCGGCCUACCUUCCGAACGAUGCCGAGUUCGGAAUGAUUCCCCAGGAGAUCACGCUAGAUUACUCGCCCAUCGACAACCCCACUCCGUCGACUGAUUCUGGCAUGGAUCACAACUCGGCCUAUCAGGAUAUCGCCACUGACUUGACGCUGUACGAAGACAUCUACAGCGCUCGCGUUCAGCUGCCCACUCCGCCUCCUCUGCCCUCCAACAUCUACAACAAAGAUGUGACUCAGUACAUGCCACUCACCGGGGCCGAGCUCUGCCAUCCACAGCCUGCGCAGCUGUCGCCGAUUGGGCAGGGAAACGCCAUGCUGUUCACGCCUAACUCGCUGGCUGAGGUGGACGAGGGCUUCGAUGAGCGCCACGAGUUUGCGGCUAUUGCGAAUGCCGUCAAUGGUGGUGACUUCAUUCUGUUCCCCAACGGCGGAGCCUCGAAGCCCAUGUACAACGAGCCUCUCUUUGCUGCAACCGAGAUUCCGGGCAUGGCUACUGGGCAUUCCCAGCCGUCGUCUCAAGACCUGCUGAAUGCCUUCAACGUCGAAUGGUCCUCACAGGAUCUCAGCGCCUAUCUCCCCUACUAGGGGCGAUGGGUGGCUGCUAUGACAGAAUCAUCGACAAACUGUUUGUCUUGCGUCUUGUUAUGCACGUAAAGGGACCGAAAUCGGUUCUACAGUACG